AUGGUACCUUGGUACCAAGGAUUCAAAGGAACGAUUACUGCUGUAAAAUCUGAAUCUGAAUCUGAGUUAGGAGGUACCAGAUACCUAACAGAAGGAAAGCUUCAAUUUGUUAAUGACAACACUCAUAUCAUAAGGGAGCUGCCUAUAAAGAGGAAUAUAAGGAUGUCGAAGCUAAGGAGUGCAAAAUUGGGGGAUAUUGUUGUCACACUAGGUAAAGGAAAGCGUCCAAAGACUGAUGAAGACUGUUUCAAAGAGAAACAUGAACUAAAACUAACAAAGGCUCUGGUGGUCUCUUGUAAAGAAAAUGGUUCUAUUGGACAGCAAUGGCCAGCUUAA